AUGAAUAAGACCGAUGCUAGCACGGGAAUGGUCAUUUUGACGGGCAAUUCCCAUCCCGACUUGGCCAAACAUGUCGCAGGGUGAGUUGAGGAGGGAUUUUGAAAUUUGAAUAAUUUUGGAAAUUGAGAUUUCAAACUUUUUUAUUGAGAUUUUUGGCUGGUUGAUAAAAAAUGUUUUUCUGAGAAGUCAUUUUUUGUCCGAUUGGAAAGGAAGAAUAGUAAAAAUAAGGAAAGAAAAAUGGUUUUCAUUAUGUGAACCGUUGCUAAUGGGGAUAUUCUUUUCAUUUUUCCAGUUUUAAGCUCAAUUUUAUGCUUUUUUAAAAUCGCUAUUUUCUGUCCGACAAAAGCUCAGAAAAUGAACGAAGUCAGAAACAACUUGUUUACAACUUUUUGACCGGGGUAGUGCUCAAAUUGCGAUAUUUUUAUGAAAUAUUUGAAAAUGAAAAAAUAAAGUUCAAACAAGACUUUUUGGCCCUCCUAGCACAAAGAAUCAGUUUUUUUGCAAAGUUUCAAGUGCUCUCUCGUUCAAAAACUUGUGCAAUCUCACCGCUGUGCCCGCAAAGCCAAAGAUUCAGGAUUUUUUAUGGCCCACAACGCGGGCAAAAUAGAAAAAAUAGAUCAAAAUCUAAGCGUCACCAUGUAAGAAGUUGAAAAUUUUGGUUUUGAUGACUCCUCCGUGGUCAGAAAUACUAUAUAUAAUGCAAAGCAUAAGCAAGAACAUAGUAAUUCUAAUCUAAUUUUUAAGUCACCUCGGAAUUCCACUUGGCGAUGCUACCGUUUACAAGAAGACCAACAAAGAAACGGCUGUUGAUAUUAAGCAAUCAGUCCGUGGAAAGCAUGUGUUCAUCAUUCAGUCUGGUAAUAAGUAAGUCUUAUUUUACAACGAAAUUUCAAACCCAUGUUUAAAACUUUCAAAUUGCUUUUUCAUUUUAAGAGAUGUGAACAACAACAUCAUGGAGUUGAUGAUCAUGAUCUACGCUUCAAAAACUUCUAUGGCGAAGAGUAUUACUGUCGUUUUGCCCUAUUUGCCUUACAGUAAGCAGUGCCGACAGCUGAGAAGAUCUUCAAUUCCGAUGAAAUUGGUGGCUGAUAUGAUCUGUAAAGCUGGUAAGUUUUGAGGACACCGUAUUUUACAAUUUCUAGGAGCUACUCGAGUAGUCACUUUGGACUUGUACCGGAAAGAAAUCCAAGGAUUUUUUUCAAUUCCGGUCGAUAAUUUGCGAGCUUCUCCGUUUCUGAUCCAGUAUGUCAAAGAAAACGUGAGUCUUUAUGUUGUGAAGUAUGUGUUUGCCGCGUUAAAAAAUAUGUAGGACAUGAUGUUUUUUCAGAUUCCCGACUACAAGAACGCAGUGAUUGUGGCCAAAUCCCCGGGCGCCGUGAACAAAGCCACCUCCUAUGCCGAUCGUCUUCGUUUGACUAUUGCUGUAAUUCAUGGAGAACAAAAGGAUACCGACGAAAGUGGCCAAGAAGACGGCCGUCAAAGUCCUCCACCAAACUACAAUAAUGAUUACACGACCUUCGAGAUGUUCCCGAGUAGGUCCUUUUUGGAAUCUUUGCCAUUUCGUGCAAUAACAAUACACCGGCGGACCCGAUUCAGUGGCAAAAAAAGUACUAUUUUGCAACCAGGAGGUAAAGAAUGUGGCAAAAUACCUCCCUCUCAAAGUGAAAAAACUCCGAUUUCAAAAGCGCUCCCGCUCUUUUUGUGAGGUAAAUAGCGCGCCCUUCAAUCUGGAGUUUUUUUUUAGUUGAAGGGGGAGGCAUUUUGCCACAUUUUUUUUACAUUUUCCGAAUGCAAAAUGGUAGGUUUUUUGCGGCUGAACCAGACCGGUCACUGUAAGAAUUCAACAACCACAACUCCUAUCUUCUAUUUAUUAUAAUUAUUUCUAGCGUUCACCCCAAAAGAGAAGCCCCCACUUACCGUCGUCGGAGAUGUCGGAGGCAAAAUAGCCAUCAUCGUUGACGAUUUCAUCGACGAAGCUCAAACUUUCGUCCAAGCUGCGGAAGUCUUGCGACAACGCGGAGCCUACAAGAUCUACGUUCUUGCCACGCAUGGGAUUCUAUCGACCGACGCUCCGCUUCAACUCGAGAACUCGGCUAUCACGGAAGUCAUUGUGACCAACACAGUGCCUCACGAGCUGCAGAAAAUGCGAUGUCAUAAGAUUAAGACCGUCGACAUCUCCGUGAUUUUGUCCGAAGCGAUUAGGAGAAUCUUCCACAACGAAUCGAUGGGUCCGCUUUUCCGCGAUCUUACACUUGAUGACUAG